AUGGCGGCGGCCUUGCUGUGGCGGCUGUGCCGGGGCCCCGCCGGGCUCCGCGCCGCCCGCCCGUCCCUUGCCGCCGCCGCCGCCCCACCGCCGCCGCCGCUGCUGUCUCACCGCCGCCCCUGCGAGCACCCGCGGCCGCGCAGCUUCUCGGCGGCCGAGCUGGUGCGCGCCGCGCCGGGCCCGCUGCAGCCCUACCUGCGGCUCAUGCGGCUGCACCAGCCCGCGGGGACGUGGCUGCUGUACCUGCCGUGCACCUGGAGCAUCGGGCUGGCGGCCGAUGCCGGGUGCCUCCCGGACUGGCGCAUGCUGUCCCUGUUCGGCGCGGGGGCCGUGCUCAUGCGGGGCGCCGGCUGCACCAUCAAUGACAUGUGGGACCGCGACUUCGACAGAAAGGUUGCAAGGACAGCAAGUAGACCCCUGGCAGCUGGAGAUAUCUCCACUUUUCAGUCCUUUGUUUUUCUCGGGGGACAGCUUAGCUUGGCGCUCUGUGUGCUUCUGUGUCUGAAUUACUACAGUAUUGUUCUGGGAGCAGCCUCUUUGUCCCUUGUGGUCACCUACCCUCUGAUGAAGAGGAUAACGUAUUGGCCACAGCUAGUUUUGGGACUUACAUUUAAUUGGGGAGCCCUUCUUGGCUGGUCUGCCAUCAAAGGGUCGUGUGACUGGUCCGUGUGUUUGCCCUUGUACUUGUCUGGAGUCAUGUGGACGCUGGUAUAUGAUACCAUUUAUGCACAUCAGGAUAAAAAGGAUGACAUCAUGAUCGGUGUGAAGUCAACUGCACUGCAGUUCAAGGAGGAUACAAAACAGUGGCUCAGUGGCUUCAGCCUUGCCAUGCUCCUGGGUCUGUGCGUGGCAGGAAUGAAUUGUAACCAGACGUUCCCGUAUUACUCAGCUGUGGCUGCCGUAGGGGCUCACCUAGCGCACCAGAUUUACACUUUGGACAUAGACAAGCCUGAAGACUGUUGGAAGAAAUUUGCUUCAAAUCGUACUGUAGGAAUUCUGCUCUUUACAGGGAUUGUGCUUGGAAAUCUGUGGAAACAAAAGGACUUAAAAAAUGUAGAAGAGCCUUUAGAAAACAGAUAGUUGAAAUUACUAUAAAUACUGAUAUUUUAGUCCUGGUAAAAUGUAAGUACUGUAAGAAGGAAAAAACUUUUAAUAUGUUUAUAGCGGCUUUAUACUGUUUGUUUUCACCAGCUUUUAUAAAUAUUCUUGUUCCUAAAAUCAUGCAAUUGAGAUGAUCCUAUAAUGGAUGUUUCGAUUAUCUGUAAAUAACUUCAGUCUCCGUAGAAGCGUCAAUAAGUGAAGCUGCUCUGCUGGUCCUGUGUAGUGUCAAGCUUGUGUCAAGCUCUGAAGACUGAACCCAAGAUUUUAUACAAAACAUAAUGUCUCUUAGUGAUGGCAUGUGCAAAACUGCAAAAUUAUUUCAGGAUGUAAAUAAAAUCUGCCUGUACAUGUUU